AUUUGUGUUUUUGUCCUUCUAGCUUUUUACUCCAGACAACCUUUAAAUCCAACAUUUAAAAAUUUUUUGAUUCCAUUAAUAAUGUUUUAUCCUUCAAUUUACAUUUCCAUCUAGGUUGUCCAGGCAUUUAUUUAUACUUAUUUUUUUACUCUUGUGAUAUUUAGUUAAUUUUUUCAAAUCCAUGUCCAAUUUGAUUUGAUAAUGCCUUGCAAGUGGGGCUUCCAGUGUUUCCGCUCCGACAGAAGCGUCGAGGAUGAUGAAAGUAUCCAAAAUAGAGAAAUAAGUCAUAAAAUUGACGAGCAAAUAGCCAAAGAAAAGUUAAUGUUUAGACGAGAAGUUAAGUUGCUACUUCUCGGAGCUGGUGAAAGCGGCAAAUCAACUUUUCUCAAGCAGAUGAAAAUCAUCCAUGGAUUUGAAUUCGAUCGUCCCCAAUUAGAAGAAUUCCGAGCCUCUAUCUACCUCAACGUUAUUAGAGGCAUGAAAGUGUUAAUAGAUGCAAGAAUGAAAUUGAAAAUCCCAUGGUCAGAAGAAAGUAAUGAAGAAUGUGCUGAGACAUUUUUACAAGUGGCGGAUAAUUAUUGCCAUGAUCCCUUAUUAUUUUGCUCAAUCGCUCAUUUGGUUAAGAAACUUUGGGCUGAACCAUCUAUCAAAAAGGCUUUCGCUAGACGAACUGAAUUUCAACUAACAGAUUCAGUUAGAUAUUACUUCGAGAACUUGGAUGAUUUGGCCAAUAUCGAUUAUCUUCCAUCAACUCAAGACAUACUUCAUUGCCGGAAAUCCACUAGAGCAAUUACCGAGUAUCGAGUUAUGAUCAAUAAAGUGCCAUUUCGUUUUGUUGACGUCGGUGGCCAAAGAUCCCAAAGACAAAAGUGGUUUCAAUGUUUUAGCUGUGUGACUUCAAUAAUUUUCCUGGUAUCCUCAAGUGAAUAUGAUCAAGUCUUGUUAGAAGAUUGCCGCACUAAUCGUAUUGAUGAAUCAUUAGUCAUCUUCGAAACCAUUGUAAAUCACAAAGCUUUUGCCGAAGUAUCUUUUAUCCUGUUUCUCAAUAAAACUGAUCUUCUUAAGGAAAAGCUCCAGCUAAUAGAAGCCGCUAUGCAGGAAUAUGAAAGUGGUAGCUCAAGAGGCAACUCACCACAGGACAUGGCUGUUGCUGCUUGUGUCUCUCAACCUCAACCUCAACCUCAACCUGAACUCAAAUCUUCAUCCUUUAGUAAUACUUCUGAUAAUUCUCAAUCUCAUCAAUCUCAAUCGAUUUCAUCCGAUUCUCAAACCCAUCCACAUUCGCAUCACUCUUUGGUUCCCUCAAGUUCUACCUCUCAAACUCAUACUCAUUCUCGUCGGCAUCGCCGUUUACGUCGAAGAAAACAAUCUCUUGAAUUAAGAACUUACGCAGAUUAUUUUCCUGACUUUGAUGGCAACCCAUUUGCAACCGAAGAGGUCCAGAAUCACAUGUAUAGAAUGUUCAAAAGCAAAAUGUAUGACAAUAAGAGGCCAAUUUAUCACCAUUUUACUACAGCUAUUGACACAGAAAAUAUCACACACGUUUUUGAAGAUGUGAGAACUACAAUUCUAGAAAAAAGCUUAACUGAUUUAAUGUUGCAUUGAUGCCAUCUCAAGCCAAAGUAAUUUUAUAAUUUGUCUAGAUUGGGUUGAGGAGAAAAUUGAGCCAACGAAAAAUGCUUAAUUACUUGGACAACUUGGGGUGCUACUUUUUUUAAACUAAACCAAUUUGGACAAUAAUGUUUAUCGUACCUUAAACUUCACUUGUUCUAGUCAAUGAUAAACAAAUUGCUUUGAAUUUUGUAUUACUUGUUGAACAGCCAAUGAAAGAAACACAAUGAAAUCUCAAUGAUGCUUCCAACGGCUGUAUUUACUUCAAGACUGAUCUCAUCAAUAAUUAUAAAACUUUAAUGAUCUUCAUUCUACUUGAAAAAUUGCCAAUAUCUCAAGCCAUUCCAUUUUAAUUGAUUAAAUCGUCAAAAAGUUGGAUGGAAUCAUCAUUAACAACUUUGGACGUAAUUGUUGAGACUUUUUUACCUUCGGUUGAUGUAAAUCCAGUUGUUUAACUCAUUUACUGUGAAUUAUUGCUCACUUUUUUUCUGAACUAUAUUUAAUCUAAAACAAAUAUUAAUAAUUAACAAUUAUUGGUAAUAAAUAUGAUAAUUUUUUCUAGACAA